AUUGCUCUUCUUAGGUAUAUAAAGAUCAGAAUUUAGCGAUUUCUUAGCUAGUGCCGUUGCAAAUUGAAAAGUCAACAUGAAUACCUCAACCGUCGUCUUGGUCUUCUGCGCUCUUGCUGUCACUUUCGUUUCGGGGGGUGACAUGAAAGCCGAAAUGCAUGCCCAAGUGGAAAAAUGCAUUAUUGAAACCGGUGUGGAUCCAAGUGUACUUAAGAGCCUACACGAAACAGGUGGAGCUAAUGCUGAUGAGAACGUAAAAUGUCUUGGUGCCUGUAUCAUGAAAGGUCUUGGAGUGAUGGCGGCGGAUGGGACUGUAAAUUUAGACAAGGCAAAAUCCCUUGUUCCAAGUGAUGCUCCAGAUCACGAUGCCCUUCUGGCCGCAGUAGAAGAAUGCCACGCUGAAAAGGGAGCAAAUGAUUGCGAAACAGCCCACGCCAUUGGCAUGUGUAUGCACAAGAAACACGUCGGUCCCAUGGAUUAGUGAAUUGAACGACGACAGUAACCUACAGUCACUCGUGGAAUACUCUGAAUAUAAAAUGAUAGAUCACAGUUGCAGAAUACACAACUUUCUGGUGUCAAAUAUUUUCGACAUGUACAUAACUUAGAAAAUAUCUCUAAUAAAAUUCAUAUCCCAUAAGCAUUUCCAAUUUA